CCUAGCAAGGAGGCCAGGCUGUGUAUGCGGCACGAUGCCCGCCGAGGCCCCGGGGGCGGCGGCGGCACGGCUGUUUGAAGUGAUUGUCGGGUGACGACCAAUGGCUGGCCGGGGCGGGCGGGGUCGCGGCCCCGUGGCCCGGUGGCCCGCCCGGUGGCCCGCCCCCUGCCCCUCACGGCCCGUCCCCGCCCUCCGCCCGCCAGGCCGCAGCGCCGUCCGCCCAGUGUACACAGCACAGUGCUACAAGGAGGGUGUGUGACGCGCGCCCCAGCCCUCAGUGUUAGCCCGCCUGACAGGUCACUCCGCCACCCCCGCCUGGCCGCGGUGACAGGUUGUCCUGGAUAUUGUUGUAGUGUUCGGCGCUCCCGUGCCGCAGUGGAUUAUUUGGUGCCAGUGAUCAUGCCGAGCAGGCGGUGCCCUGUUGUGUGAGGUCGUCCGUAACUUGUGAGUGUUCCACCCCCUCCGGUGGUGGCCGUCAAUGUUUGUGCCGGAACAGUGCCACGAGAAGAUGGCUCUUGUUGUGCCGCCAGGCUCGACCUGGCGCGACCCGCCCGUGUCCCUCCCGCCCACCACGGGGGAGGACGUUAGCCGCGAGCUGGGCGCCAGCGUCACCCCGCAGCCCGCCGCCCCUCAGACGCCCACACCGAACUCCACCGCGGGCAGCGCGCCCUCGUCCGCCCCGAGUCCCACGGGCGACGACAAGAAUGCACAGAAUAUGACGUGCGUGGUGUGCAGCGACAAGAGUUCGGGGAAGCACUACGGCCAGUUCACCUGCGAAGGAUGCAAGAGCUUCUUCAAGCGGUCGGUGCGACGGAAUCUACAAUACUCCUGCAGAGGCAACCGCAACUGUCCCAUCGACCAGCACCACCGGAACCAAUGCCAGUACUGCCGCCUCAAGAAGUGCUUCAAGGUCGGCAUGAGGAGAGAAGACAAAAAUAAUGGGCACCACCUCCUCAUCAGGGGCUCAGUCCUGCCCCAAGACGCGCCUCAGGCCGAACAAGCGGUGCAGCGCGGCCGCAUCCCGCCCACCCAGGGGAUGGGGAUGCCCAGCCAGUUCAUGGCCAACGGAGACACCCUGAACGGCCACACGUACCUGUCCUCGUACAUCUCGCUGCUGCUGCGCGCCGAGCCCUUCCCCACCUCGCCGUACGGCCAGUGCAUGAACGCCAACAACAUCAUGGGCGUGGACAACAUCUGCGAGCUGGCCUCCCGCCUCCUCUUCUCUGCCGUGGGCUGGGCCAAGAACAUUCCGUUCUUCCCCGAGCUGCAGGUGACCGACCAGGUGGCUCUGCUGCGGCUGGUCUGGUCUGAGCUGUUCGUGCUGAACGCCUCCCAGUGCUCCAUGCCCCUGCACGUGGCGCCGCUGCUGGCCGCGGCCGGCCUCCACGCCUCGCCCAUGGCCGCGGACAGAGUGGUCGCCUUCAUGGACCACAUCCGCAUCUUCCAGGAGCAGGUGGAGAAGCUGAAGGCACUCCACGUGGACUCUGCGGAGUACUCGUGCCUCAAGGCCAUCGUCCUCUUCACCUCAGGUAGGUCAAGGCGUGGCCGCGUGCUCGGAGCAGUGUUUCUGGCCGCCGCGGCACACCCUUUCUCCAGGUUUCCUUGUGGUUUGCUGUGCCACUUUCCCUCACCCUUGCCUCGGGCCGUGCGAUGUGGCUGGCGCGGCCCCUCAGGAGGUUCCCCCCGCCGAGCACUGCGUCCCCCGCCUGGGCCAGACGAGUGCCUGGGCCUGGUCUGGCGUCUGGCCGAGGUGUCAGCGGGCGUCACCUCUUCCCGGGUCACCCGACCAGCCACAUAACUUCCUCCGUAGUAUACAAAACAGUGUCGGGCAGAGCUGACCUUGCUCCCCGCCGCCACAGGGGUUAUCAGGGUGACCUCCGCGCGGCCAACACACCUCGUCAGCGCGUUGUGUCUGGCUCAAACACCGUGCCCUUGUGCUCACUUGGCGGCG